AUACUGGCUCGAGAAGUGGCCGGAAAAGGAAGAAAAAAAAUGGAAGCGGCAGUGUUCAUUCUGUCACUUGUCGACUGCUGUGCAUUGAUUUUUCUCUCGGUCUACUUUAUCAUCACCCUGUCUGAUCUGGAAUGUGACUACAUCAAUGCCAGAGCCUGCUGCUCCAAGCUCAACAAAUGGGUAAUUCCAGAGAUGGUUGGCCAGUGUCUGUCCACUAUGCUGAUGUUGGUCUCCAUGCACUGGUUCAUCUUCCUCCUCAACCUGCCUGUAGCAGCCUGGAACAUUUAUAGGUAUGUGAAGGUUCCGAUGGGGAAUAUGGGCGUGUUUGACCCCACUGAGAUCCACAACCGGGGUCAGCUCAAGUCCCACAUGAAGGAGGCCAUGAUCAAACUGGGCUAUCACCUGCUCUGCUUCUUCAUUUAUUUGUACAGCAUGAUCCUGGCUCUGAUCAACGACUGAAGCACUCAACUUACUCUCUGACCCUGGCUGCCAAAUUUCAAACUCCUGGGUUUGCUGUUUCUCCCCUCACAUCCUGCUCUUGUACUGUAUGCAUAAAACCUCUCAGAACUGCUGUGCUGAAUACAACAGCAGAGUUUUGACUUUAAGAUAAUACUAAGGUUAAUAUUUAACCAUUUAACACUUCAAUAGCAUCAUGACAAAAAAAACCCCAAAAACUGUAAAAAAAAUCAAUAAAAUCCUCAGUGUUUACACAGUGAAAAGGCCAUUCUGGGUAUUAUCAGAGUACCCAAUUUAUUUCUCCCCAACUUCAGUGUUUUUUACCACGAAGCCAAAUAAGGUAAAAACACCAGUAUUGUUUCCACUCGAUGUACCACUUCACAUUAUGUUUAGUACCUAAAACACUUUGCCAAUUCUCAAGAUCCCAAAACCUUUCAGUUUAACAACUGGAAGAUGUUUGGGCUGUAGUUGAUUUACUUGCAGCAGCAGCUUGUAGAGUGGAGCAGGUGAAUCUGUAUUAAACCCUGCAGGUACAGUAUAGUCUUCUUAUCAGCUGGCGUUCUGUCAGAUAGUGAAACAUGUAGCUCCGUGUUUGGCUCCUGCCAUCAGUUUAUCAACCUGUUCAUGAUGCACGGUUCAACACACAGUGGACUGUUUAGUCUUCAGCUGUUUGAUUUUGGCUUUUUAUUGACAAGAAUCAGACCGAAGCCUCUGUAAUGACCUCUGUAAUCACCUACUCAGCCAUCACUUUCUACUUUAUUUUUUUUCCCACUUGUGCCUUUUCUUCUUCCACAAGUGAAGUAACUUAACAGUGUCAAUUCUAAGUUCUUAGCAGACAUAUUAUCAUCUCAAUCCAUAUGAUGAGAUUCAUGAAUCCGGUAUAUAGUGGUGUGAAAAUAGUUGUCUAUUUUUUUUUUAGUGUCUUGUUUUUUUAGAUAAUGAACUCAUCUCUCACAAGCACUGAGCGUACGUGCACGUCAUCUGGCAGCUGUAGUCUUGGUGCUGUGAUCAGGUGUCUGGUCCUCACGUUCUCACCAUCCAGAAGUAACAAAACAGAUGUGGAAGAUAUUUGCUUUGUGAUGGUAUUGAAGUGUAGUUAAAAGAUUAGAUCACUAAUCCUGUUCUGAGACUUUUUAUGCAUACAUACCCUACCAGACAUCCAGUAUUACACUCCAUCAGUAACGCUGAUUAAUAUACAGGCAGAUCUAACUAACUAUGAGUCUAUGUGUGUUCAUUACUAAACUGGUCAGUCUCUGUGAUGUGCUGCUGCUGCACCACUGUGGGCAGAAUGAAUGACAAUCACACUACAACUCACACACACACACACACACACACACACACACAGAUCAGCCCUCUCUCACCGUAUCUGCGCCAAAGUCUCCUGUCUGUCGUGCUGGAAGGAUGUCACAUCACAGAGCUGGAUGAUGUUUGAACUCCGGGUCAAAGUGUUUCGCCAUAAAUAUGUUGUUCUGUUCAGUCUGGAAAUAAUUGAUGUUAUUACUGUACGAGUGGCAGUUUGGAUUUGACCUCAGUCAUCACGCACUGAUGUUGUUGAAGUCUGACAUUCCCUGUUUUUUUGAAAGUUCCCUGCAUCAGGAGUUGUCUCAGCUUCUCACUGGGAUGACGGAUGUGUGCGCACUCCUCUUUAUUUGGUGAAAUGUAUAGACUGCUCUGUGUUAUGAAAAGCCUCUACUGUGAGCUGUAUGUGCAGAUAUUCUGGAGCCAUUUCUCUCUUCAGUAAACUAAAGAGGGCUGCUGGUGAUUCCAUUCAUGUCUGAUUCACACUAAACUGUCUGAUGCAGUUUUAAGUUUCUUUUUUGAGAGAUGUGGAGUUUCAUAAAUAAAUCUGAAAGUGAA